GCGGGGCGCGGGUGAGGACCCCGCGCUGGAGGUAGUGAUCGGCAGCCCGCUGUGAGGCAGGCCUUGGAGACAUAUCCUUGUGAGACAAAGAUAUCUACAAAACUAUGGAUAAUACAAAAACUUUGCCUGAUAUUAAAGAGUACCCUGAUACUGAGGUACAGAAAAACCGAGUACUAACUCUGGAAGAAUGGCAAGACAAGUGGGUGAACCGCAAAAUUGCAUUUCAUCAAGAACAAGGACAUCAGCUAUUGAAGAAGUAUUUGGAUACUUUUCUUAAAGGCGAGAGUGGACUGAGGGUAUUUUUUCCUCUUUGCGGAAAAGCAGUGGAGAUGAAAUGGUUUGCAGACCUGGGACACACUGUAGUUGGUGUGGAAAUCAGUGAACUUGGGAUACGAGAAUUUUUUACAGAGCAGAAUCUUUCUUACUCAGAAGAACCAAUCACAGAAAUUCCUGGAGCCAAAAUAUUUAAGAGUUCUUCAGGGAACAUCUCAUUGUACUGUUGCAACAUUUUUGAUCUUCCCAGAACAAAUAUUGGCAAAUUUGACAGGAUUUGGGAUAGAGGAGCAUUAGUUGCCAUUAAUCCUGGUGAUCGUGAACACUACGCAGAUAUAAUGCUGUCCCUCCUGAGAAAAGGGUUUCAGUACCUCCUGGCCAUUUUCUCUUACGAUCCAACUAAACAUCCAGGCCCACCGUUUUAUGUUCCAGCUGCUGAAAUUAAAAGAUUGUUUGGUACAAUAUGCAAUAUUCAUUGUCUUGAGAAGGUUGAUGUUUUUGAAGAACGACAUAUAAGUUGGGGAAUUAACUAUAUUUUUGAAGAGUUGUAUCUACUUACAGAAAAAUAAAUGAGAUAUAUAUAAAAUCGAGUAACAUCAACAUGUUUUUGAGCAAUUGAAAAUUAUGCUAAGGCCUGAAAAUCUAAUGGAUGAAAUUUUUUUUUAAUGGUUCAUAAUCAUGUCAUAGACCUUUGCUCAAAAAGGCAUAUAACUUUUUAGCAGAAAAUAAUACUAAAAUGUUGAAAGGGCUCCUUUGGAGAGGAGAGUAUAAUGAGGGUGAAAGAUUAUACCUGUGUCUUUUAUACAUUGCAAGAAUUUUUUACAAUUAGUGUAUAUU